GGUCAUUCUUGAUAGAGGCAUCGUCUCUCUUUCCCUCUCGCUUCUCUUCUGCAUGGAGAUUUGUGAUCCGUUAUAGUUUCAUUUGCAGAUCCAGAAAAGAGAAAACUCUUGGCGAUUGCUAGUUUGCUAACUAUCUCUUUAAUCCGAUUCUUAAUAUAUUUCCGCGUGGUUUUUGAAUAUGCUGAGAUCUUUAGCCAGAGAGUUCAAGUUUGUCGCUGAUGAUCUGCUCACGAAGCGUGCCAGAUUUCUCUCCACAGUCGGUGAUCGAAGACUGGAAGGUAAAGUAGCCCUAAUUACAGGAGGUGCAAGUGGGCUUGGCAAAGCAACGGCCCAAGAAUUUGCCCAACAUGGGGCCCAAGUCAUCAUUGCAGAUAUUGACUCCGAAAUAGGCCCACAAGUAGCCAAUGACUUGGGCCCUGCAGCCCAUUUCGUCCAAUGCGAUGUGGCCGUCGAAUCCCAAGUUGCAGAAGCUGUUGAGACAGCUGUGUCUCGCCAUGGAAAACUUGAUAUAAUGUACAACAACGCUGGAACAGCAGGCCGGUUAGUCCCACAGACCAUUGCGGAGCUUGACCUGGAAGAAUUUGACCGGGUGAUGCAGGUUAACAUCCGGGGCACAAUGGCUGGGAUAAAACAUGCAGCCCGAGUGAUGGUUCCUAUGGGCUCAGGUUCCAUUCUUUGCACUUCAAGCAUUAGUGGGCUAAUGGGUGGGCUGGGCCCGCAUCCAUACACAGUUUCAAAAUUUGCCAUUUCUGGAAUUGUGAAGUCAGUGGCCAGUGACCUAUGCAGAACUGGCGUUAGAAUUAAUUGCAUUUCACCAGCCCCAAUUGCCACCCCAAUGGCAGUGGCCAGCAUAGGCCAAUUUUACCAAGGUGCCACAAAAGAGCAAAUAAUUGAAAUCAUCAACGGGGUCGGAGAGCUGAAGGGGGCUAAAUGCGAAGAAAUCGAUGUGGCGAGGGCUGCUUUGUAUUUGGCCUCAGAUGAAGCCAAAUAUAUAACAGGCCAUAAUCUUGUUGUAGAUGGAGGAUUCACUUGCUUUAAAGCCCUUAACUUCCCUUCACCCGAUCAGAUUGUGUAAUGCUAAUUGGUUUCUCUUACAACUUUUAAAACAACUUGUAACUUUCCUAGGUUAUCUGUGUGGUUUGAAAUUUUAAUUUAUCAUAUGAAUGCUGUUAAUCUCAAAAAAUGUAAAGAUAGAAGGAAAUUCUAGGGGCAGUAAAAAUUUCUCUUGAUUUUGUUUGA